CGAUCUAAACCCAUCACUCAAAAUCAACACGCAGAGAAUCGCCCUGUAGACUAGAGAUUAAUCCCUGUGGAAAGAUUCGAUUCGAAAUUUCCACAAAAAAGACUCUCCUUAUAAUAAAUAUCGCCAUCGCCUCAGUUUUGUCUGCUGAUCAUGUCUAAACUGGAUCCAAACAAUUGCUUUUCGGCUCAGAACAUCACCCGAUUUGUUUCGAUUCUUGACGGACCGCAGGCCGUCAACAGGCAACUAGGAAGAUUGGACAAGUCCCCUGAUCCCGGUUUUAUUCGCAAGAACGGCCAUCAUCUGGUCGAUGGCGAUGGCCAUACACCUUUCAAGAUCGUCGGGCCUAAUAUCUAUUGGCUGGGACUCGAUGAGAAUGUCUCCCCUAGUCCAUCUUAUCCUUCCCAAACCAGAGUCUUGGAGGCUUUUGCUACCGCAGCUAUCAUGGGAUCUACUGUAGUGAGAGCCACGACUCUAGGCAUCUCAGUUGGUAAUCCAUAUUCGGUUUGGCCCACAAGAAACAACACGAACAAUGACGCAUUGGAUGUGAUCUCAUUUGCAAUUUAUGCUGCCAAAAGAUACGGGUUGAGAUUAAUCAUCCCGAUCACCGAUCAAUACGAUUAUUACCACGGUGGCUUCAAGACUUUUUUGAAAUGGCGCUCGAUUCCAGACUCGGACUAUCGAUCAUUCUAUGACAUCAAAUCAGAUGUUUAUGGAGAUUUUUUGCUCUACUUGGAAACACUCUUUAACCACGUGAAUCGUUAUACUCAAUUAGCUAUCAAAGAUGACCCCACAAUAAUGAUGUGGGAAACUGGGAAUGAGUUAGACAAUCCCUCUAAAGCCUGGACUGAGGCAAUUGCGAAAUGGAUCCAUACAAAAGCGCCUAACCAUCUCGUUGCUAGUGGCCGGUACGGCGUGUCGACUGAUGAUCUCAAAAUCAGCGCGAUAGAUGCAGUCACCAAUCACUUUUAUCCGCCUCGGGCAGACCACUAUCAUGCGGAUGCAGCACUGGCGGCAUCGCACGGGAAGGUAUACUAUGCCGGCGAGUUCGACUGGUCAGGCCGAUCGAAAUCAUGGGGACUACUCGGGUGGAUACUGAUCCCAAUCUUCCUGGGCUUAUUGGCCCUCUUGAUCGGAGGAUGUGGAAAAAUCUUCCCAAUCAUUUUUGAAUGGACCACCCAUAAAGCUCAAAAGCCUGGUCAAACUAAACCACAACGUCACCGUUCCUUGAUCAUCCGUCAAUCGCAUGUGGCCAUCUUCAUGAUCUUUAUUAUCUCUCCCAUCACCGCUGGUAUCAUCUAUGCAUGCUCUAUUCGGGGAACUGGAAUCGAGGCUUUCUUGACCGAGACAGAACUCCCGGAUUCCGAUGGCUCUGGAGAUUUGUUUUGGAGCUUAUUUGGACAUGAUGAUCGAUGUUGUGAUUGGGUUGACCAUCCCGACGGGUUCACGAUGCAUUUUCCGGGUCGCAAUGAUGAUGAGCGAGGUUCCGUUGCCAAAAUCAUGCAACAUUCCUACACGAUGAGAAGACAAGCUUUCAAUCCAAAGAACAACUUGAAUUCGAAGAUCGAAGGUGAUAACCACGAUUGGUUUGGGAUUGGUGAUCGAGUCUUGAUCAAAUGUCCUCAAUCAUUAAGUAAAUAGUUGGAUGCAGCUGAGUGAAUCAGGUCAUAAGCUUGGAAGAAGUUCCUCACUUUCUUGGCCAAAAAGAAGUAGCAUGGAAGAGAAUCAUUACCUGGCAUAGGAUUCCUCCGAUUAGGCACUGCAAAAGAACAUGAAAACAAAUCCCUUAUAACCUCAAUCUCUAUUCCAAAUCACUAAUCCAUUCAAGAAGAACAUUUACAAAUUUUAUUUAGUCACCUAACACUUAAUUAAUAAUUAUUAACAUUAAUCCAGCUAGAACCAUACACAUCAUACAUCCGUUGUAUUUACUACAUAAAAACGUUUUGGUUGUCAUUCAAUAAUUCAAAUCCUGCAGAUUAAUAAUAGAUUAUCAUUUGAUUGUAUAUUAUUAACAUGGCCACCAGGCCUUUUUUUGAUUCCUUACUUACUUAAUGAUCCUGCCCCUUUUUGUUCAAUGUGUGUGUUUCCAUUGUUUUGGGCUGUUGAUCACAUCAUUUUGAUUCAUACCCUUCCUUUUCUGCCAUGAAAUAGUGAAGCG